GGUGACACUGGAUGCCCAAAAUGGGCACAGCGGAUCAAUGCUCGGGAACGUAGCCGGUCGCUCAAUCAGGUUGCACUUGUCCACCGUCACCCACUCGUCGGUUGUUUUGAGCCACUUCUGCGAACGCUGACAACGGGGUGGUCGACGGCGCUGGCGACAUCUCUCCUUGCUUUUUUCGCUUGCUUUCCAUUCUCCAUCACUGCCAAGCUGGACUCGGUCUUGUCUUCGACUCACUUAGUUCUUUUGAUUACGGAAUACAAUGCCUCGCCCGAAUCCAUGGAUCGCAUCCUCCGCCUAUUCAGCUUAUGACGAACAAGCUCUAACUCCGCGAACACCUCAUUCACGCGCCGGGCGCACUGAAGAAGCAAGAUUUGAUGCGGACGACGACAGAGAAGACGCAAACUCCUAUGAAUUAGAAGCUCAGCAGCACGCUCCGCUGCUCACUUCAUCUGCCAGCGUGUCUUUUCCGCAUCGGCGAUCACCAAAUGUUGAUGUGAAGUCUGCGAAGCCGUCUUCGAAUAUCGAUUGGACGCUUGUGCGAAGGCGCAUCCCGCUCGUUGUCGGUCUUGCAAGCGUAAUCCUGCUGGCAUUCCUUGUCAUUCUGUCUGUCGAAACCCCCGAGAAGUUGCACACUUACUUGCAUGGAUCUCCUGUACCUUCAUUCCCGAACUCCAGUACCGACGCUUCUACUGAAAAUAAUGCAUCUCACUCAAUGGGAAUGCUCAUGUACGAAGGCUACGAAUCUUUCCCGUUAACACCUCUGGAAUAUCGUAACGAAUGUUCAAAAUUCCUAGCUGGCAUGAAGGGGCCCAUGGGAACAUAUUGGUACAUCCCUCCCGGUGGUCCUAUGGAUGUUCCACAUCCGCCAAAUAGCAGUGUUUGCACAAGCACAAUCACGUACAUGCUCGAUGGGUACGUAGGCCUUGCCGCAGACUUGGCACUCAUGGCGCAAGCAGCCGGGCUUGCACGGGAAACGAACAAGACCUUUUUUAUUGAUGAUCGAAAUUGGAACCGCGGGCGAUGGAGCGACCAUUUCCAAGACGUGCGUGUGCUACAGCCUGGACCCGAGCCAGACUGUCUCCCUCCACCUCCAGAAGAACUUGUGGCAUGUCCAAGGACAGCUCGGCACUGGGUCAUCAACUCAAGGACCGCAUUAUUCCACUUCGGACACCAUUUCAUGGAUGAAUUCGAAGAUCCCUACGCAAGGGAACUCCGCCGAGCGAAGCCUAUCUUUCGACGCGCCGCGUCAUCCUUCGCGCAAACUGUACGACCGAACGCGGAAAGUGCUGCUCGUAUACAAGUCGCACGUCAACAGGUUGGGUCAUCGUACAUCGCUGCUCAUGUGCGACAUGGAGACAGGAGAACAGAAGCUUGGGAGUACCAUGGUGGGUAUGUGCCCCUCGUGGAGUAUGCCAAUGCCGUAAGAGAUAUGUCGGAGAGGGCUGCAGUGAUGGCACGUGAAAAUGCCAAUGGUGUCGAUCAAAGAGGGACAGAUACAGUGUGGAUCGCCUCUGAUGAUCCAUUUGCUCAACAAGAACUCGCGCAACUCUUGACUGACUCGGAUCAGCCAAUGCGUGUCUACUCACUGGAGAGAAGCACAAACGCGGAGUUAAGGUCGAUAGCGAGUCGGGAAGCGUAUGUACAAGCCGAGUUCGCAGCACUAUCGGAAGAACAGCGGAUACGGUUGACUCGAGGCGCACUUGUUGACUUCGCGCUUGUUAGUGGAUUAUGGACCGAUGAGACGGCAGACGAGGCGACGUUGGAGGGUGUUAUAUGCACGAUCAGCUCAAACUUCUGUAAACUCGCCGCUGUCGGACUCGGUUGGGACCAAGCCUUUGGAUUCGCUCCAGGUGACCCAGAUAGGACGAUCAUGACGAUGGACGAGGCGCGAAAACGGUGGGUUGAAAUUGAUUUGAAAGGGAGCGUUGAUCCUGUCUGGAGAGCUUUCGAGUUAUUUUAGUCGGGUGCAUUGAAUUCUUGCAUUGAGUUAUUUUUCACAUGUACAUAUAUGCACAUGCAUUCGUUCAUUUCGAUUUGACGUUCUUUCUCUUCCGGAUGGACGGAAGUAUAAUUAGUAUUUAUAAGUCU